AUCCAGGCUCCAAACAGAUUCAGUGUCCGGAGCUCCAGCCCACGAGCUUGGCUCUCAUCCAACCUACUCCUGACAAGGCCUGAAUUUACUGCUGCUGCCCUGGGAGUCAAAUUUCAUGCAACCAUUCCAAUGGUGUAACGGAUGCCUGUGUGGUUUGGGUUCUCAGCGCUCUGAACACUACUGCAGCAUGACGUCUGACAUCUACCACCUCCCACUCAAUGUGUAUGUCAUUGUGCUGGGCAUCGGCCUCUUCGUCUUCAUGCUCAGCCUCAUCUUCUGCUGCUACCUUUUCAGGCUGAAACAACAAGGAACAAGGGAGCAGUUCAGCUACAAUGAGGUGGUGCUGAAGGGAGCAAGCAAGAAACUGAGCCUUCUCGGACAAACCUGCGCGGUGUGUCUGGAAGAGUUCAGGACCAGAGAUGAACUGGGAGUGUGCCCAUGCUCACAUGCAUUUCACAAGAAGUGCCUGCUUAAGUGGCUGGAGAUCCGCAGUGUGUGCCCCAUGUGUAACAAACCCAUCCUCCGGCUCCACACAGACGCUCCCCAGGGUGCUGAGGGUCCCAUGGACCCAGAGGAGGUGUGAGGGAUUUGGGGAAGAGGAAACUGAACUCCCCUUACAGAAAACACACAUAUUAAAUACACCAGGGAUGAUGGACAGCGUGCAUCUUUAAGACAUCUCACAGGAAAUGUUGAUAAUGAACCCAAGUGGCCACCUUGCUGCUGACCUUUGAGCAAUAUGCCUUGGUGGAAUUGGAUAUUGACAGCACCAAAUUCAUUUGGUCAGAUCAGUCAGGGAGAGGGUGGAUGAAUAGGAUCUUUUCAUAAAAAUGCUCCUAGAUCUACUUCCAUAUUGCACUGUUCACCAAAAACAUGACAGGAAAAGGAGCCACUUUAGAGAGCAGGAUAUCAUUGCGGCUGUCACUGGAUGACUAGUGCAGCACUGCCAGAGACAAACAACACAACAGGCAUUCAGCGGGACAUCAGAGUACAGGAUUAGAAUGGAUACCUCUAAUAUCUCAGGGGUGUUACCAAUACAGCCAGCACAAACCAUGUCAGUCACCCUAUAACCCUGUGCCACACAUGCAUCUUCAAUACUGCCAGUGUAGGUGAAAUGCUCCAGGUAGCCACAACCUCCGGCUGAAACCACGACCAGCGGGAUUACAACCAUGACGAUUUACGUAGACAAUAUUGUUACCGAUUGUGUCCCAGGCCCUUUCCUUUUAAAAAGAGACUGAUAGAAAACUAGUCUUGCUUGUAUGUAUUGUAUGUAAACGUGUCCCUAUAUAUAUUGUUAUUUUGUAUUUGUUGCUUUUAAAUAAAACGUCACGUAAUGUA